UACCACGUUGACAUCGUGCUUUUUUGAUCGGGAUUGAGUUUACUUUUUUACAUCGAAAAUUAAAAUUACGCGCUUUUUAUUAAACAACGCGUUUAAUAAACAACAGUUUUUUUAUUGCAAUUGAAAAAAAAUUGCCAAAAUUGACUUCAAGAAUAUCAUCGAAUUUAUCUUUUGAACAAAGUGUAAAACGGAACGAGAGAUGUGAGCAUUUAUGUAAAAUGUGUAUUUUUGCAGAAAAUUUGCUUCCAAUAGUUCAUUUGGUGAAAUGAUAAAGUGACAAGAUCAGUAUUCGAAUCAAACUGAAAAAAUUGCGAUUAGCACAAUAUUUCGUAUCUAAAUGAAAGAAAAGUAAAAGUCGUUUUGAAAAACAGAAAAAAGACAAAAAAAUAUGUUUCUGCUAAGCGCGCGAUGUAGCCUCAGUUGUUUGCUCAUUAUCGCAUUAACCGGAUUGCUGCAUAUUGUGAACGCUGAAUCAUUUAGACCGAUAUUCAAUCCGAAUAUUGGUUCAAAACCAAUUGCGCAAAAGAUAACCGCUAUCAGAUCACCAGUAACGCCAACGACGACAACCAUUCGUCCGUUAACUACAAUAUCAGCCACAUUGAAAUCAAGGGUAUCGUUAACCAAGCAACAAGUUCCGGCUCAACAAUCACCUCGAUCACCAGUAAAACCGUUAUCAUCGCCGGCAUUAUCACGAUCGCAUCCACAGCCACCACCACCACCACCACCACCAAAGCCAUCAUCGAAACCAAUCGAUAGUACAGUGUCCGAAACAAAAGAUGCACCAGUAGCCGAAGCAUUACGAGGCGAUCCAUAUUAUAGACGCGGUUAUUAUCGUCGCCCGUACUAUUAUCCAAGCAAUAAUGUAUACUAUAAUUCGAGAAGUCGUCGACGACCCAAUCCAAAACCAUACUAUUCACCAUCGUCGAAUUACGGCUAUAGUUCACCGUACGAGGAUUAUCGAUUUGAAACCGAUUUUCUCGACCAAAGUGGUUACGCUCCAAAACCGAAAAAGAAACCACCCACGCUAGAUAGCGGAAAGGAUUAUAUGGGCGUUAUUGAUACGGACAUUGGACAAUUUUACGAUACACAAUCGGCAACAUACAAUGUGCCACCGUUGAAAAAUUACGAGCAGUCUGGCUUUUAUUCAAGUGGCGGAUCGGGUGCAACGAGCGGAUCAAAUAGUCAAACUGGACUUGGAUCGAAUUAUGGUGGCGGCGGCGGAAGUGUUGCAGGUUUUGGUACAGGUGUUGCAUACUCGGACUAUGGUGAUAUAGAUGAUAUGCCCUAUAAAUAUUCCACACCCAAACCCAAAAGCAAUUAUAAAAUUUUACCGUCGAGGGCUCCAAUUAAACAAACCAAAACUCGAACAAAAUACAAUAGCUACGACGACAAUGACUAUAGGUUUGGAAGUGAUUCUGUUUCAGAUUUUGAAGAACCCUCUACACCCGCUUCACUGGCUAAAUACAAUAAUAUUUACUUGCCACAGCAUACGGUUUAUCAAACAAACCCAAAAACAAAACCAAAACCCAAGCCCAAACCAAUAAAAACUACAACGACCACGACAACAACAACAACAACAACAACGUAUAGACCACCGAUUAAAUACAGCGACACAUCGAUUGAUGUCUUAACAAAACCACUUGGAUCGGCCACGUUCAAUUUGAAUUUAUCGCCUGGCAGCGUCUACAAUCCACCGUCUAUAAAUUAUAAUCCAAUUCAACCAAAUUAUAAAUCAAUUCCGAUUCAACCGCCAGCCACAAGCUAUGGUGUUCCAAUUGCACCGCCGUUGAAUAAUUAUCCGUAUCAAAAUUCCUAUUCGAAUCAAUUCGGUGGAUAUCCACCGUCAAGCAAUAAUUUUGUGAAUCCAUCGCAAAUUUCAAUCACAAAUCCAACACCACGUAUUCCCGGUCAAUUUGCCGAACCACCGCCAUUGAAUCAGGUGCAAUUGUCAAGUGUUGAUGUCAAUUACAAUAAUUUGCAAUCAUCGUAUGAUGCAACACCAAAACAAGCUCAACCACCCAAACGAAAACCAACAAAAGUGAAUUCGAAGCGUGUGUCAACCAAACCACCACCGCUAAAUACAGACGAAGAAAUAAUCGAUGAUGAUCAAAAUGACUAUAGCGGUGAAUCGUAUUCAUAUUUCAAACACAUGCCACAACCAUCACUGCCAAAUACAUACGAUCAAGAAGAAUUUCACACCGUAAAAAAUAAGCGAAAACAAUCGAAGCAAACACUGAACGAACAGACACGACUUACAAAAAAAUCAAAACAACCAAUUGAAGUAACGCUUCGCAUUCCCGAUGAAGAUUAUCUCGACGAUCUCGUGAAAGUGGUGCAAACAACAAAACGACCGAAAAAGAAAAGCAAACAAACCACAUCGCAUGUAUUAGACACUGAAGAUUUGCGUGAUGCUUACGACCAUAACGCUGCAUAUUAUCCGAGCAGAGCAAAGAAGAAUAAAUCGCAUAUACGAUAUCAAAAUUCGCAAAACGGUGAUUAUGACAUUUAUGAAAACGAUGAGGAUACGGAUGACGAUGACUAUGACAACGAUCGGGUGUCACAUGUAACCAGCAAAGAACAGGAAAAAAUUAAAACACACAUCGAUCACGACGAGGAUCCAGUGGAACCGCGGUUUUGGGACAAAUCGUCCAGCAUCUACAAACAGUAUGGAAUUCGGGCACGAAAUGACCAUUUUCCAGCCGGCAAUAGUCAGGAAAUAUAUCGGGGUAAUAAUGGUUUUCGACCCAUUCGAAAAAAUGAACAGCCCGAUAUUUUUGCGAUAAGUUCAUCGAAUAUUCGAUCAACCUAUGUUGCACCGAAUUUCGAUCACAAAUAUUCAAACGGACAUCGAAUAUCAAGCACAUUACGAACGAUAACAACAACUACUGCACCAACACUACCACCGUCAACACUAUAUGUUUGGGAUGGCAAAGAGUUGCCAAAAAAUCAUAAAUUGCUUUAAAUUUGUAUGAACAGGAUUGAAUUUAUGCAUUCGCAUGAAGAAAAUGUAAAUUAACGAAAACAAAACAACAAAA